AUGUCCUCCAGCCAAGUCCCCUUCUUCACCUACGUCCUCGAGCGUCUCAAGCAGUCUGGCGUCAAGCAGAUCUUCGGUGUCCCCGGUGACUUUAACCUUGCCGCCCUCGACUACAUCGAGCAGGACCCCGACGUCCAGUGGGUCGGCAAUGCCAACGAGCUCAACGCCGCCUACGCGUGCGACGGUUACUCUCGAGUCAAGGGCGGUCUUGCAGUCAUCAUGACCACCUUUGGUGUCGGUGAACUCUCUGCCCUCUGUGGUAUCGCCGGUUGUCUCUCGGAGCGCGUGCCUGUUCUCCACAUUGUCGGCGCUCCCUCCACCAAACUCCAGGCGAACCAAUCGUUGCUCCACCACACCUUGAACCUCCCCGACUCGUUCACCACCUUCUCCACCAUGUCGGCUCCUCUCUCUUGCUCCCAGGCUCUCAUCAACACGAUCGAGCCCACUACCAGCACCGCCUGGACUGAGGCUUUCGACAAGACCCUCAGGGAGGUCCUCGAGCAGUGCCGACCUGGUUACGUCGAGAUUCCCACUGACGCUGUCCACCACAAGGUUUCGGCCGAGGGCUUGAGCCAGCAACUUGGCCCUAUCGACUCUCCCGUCGCUCCUCCCUCUGACGAGGUCACUGGCCAUGUCGUCGAUGACAUUGCUAGCCGAUUCGCCGCUGCCAAGAAGCCCAUCAUUCUUGUUGAUGCUUGUGCCGGCAGGUUUGGUAUGGCCAAGGAGGUCAGGAAGCUCGUCGACACUUGCCAGAUCCGAUUCUUUGAGACCCCUAUGGGUAAGAGUUUGAUGGACGAGCACCACCCUCUCUUUGGUGGUUGCUACGCCGGUGCCAACUCUCUCCCUGCCGUCCAGCAAGAGGUCGAGGCCGCCGACUUUGUCCUCUACGUUGGUGCCCUCAAGUCCGACUUCAACUCUGGCUCCUUCUCUGUCAACAUUGACCCCAAGAUCAUUGUCGAGCUCCACUCCUUCACCACCACCAUCGGCUACGCCGCCUACCCCACUACCGACAUUCGCCACGUCCUUCCCCGCCUUGCCGGUGCCUUCCAGAAGGUCGGUCACCCCAAGGACUCUGAGGGUGCGCACGAGACUGUCGAGCAAAAGGCUGUCGCGCACAGGGUCAUUGGCAGUGUACCCAAGCCCGAGGGUAACGAGAUCAAGCACGCUUGGCUCUGGCCCCGAGUUGGCGAGUGGUUUGCCGACACUGAUAUCGUCAUCACCGAAACCGGUACCUCCUCCUUCGGUCUCACCAACGUCGUCCUCCCCUCCAACUCUACCUACGUCGCCCAGAUCCUUUGGGGUUCCAUCGGUUGGUCCGUCGGCGCCUGUCUCGGUGCCGCCAUGGCCGCCAAGGAAGACCCCCGCGACCGCCGAACCGUCCUCUUUGUCGGUGACGGUUCCCUCCAGCUCACCCUCCAGGAGAUCGGUACCAUGCUCCGACGAGGCUGCCACCCCUACCUCUUUGUCCUCAACAACGACGGUUACGAAAUCGAGCGCCAGAUCCACGGUUGGGAUGCCGAGUACAAUGAUAUUCAGCCGUACGACCACCAGCUCUUGCUCCCCUUCCUUGCGGGUAAAAAGUGCCCCACGCCCUUCCAGUCGUACGAGGUCCACACCCCCGAGGAGCUCAACAAGCUCUUGCUGGACGAGGACUUCAACAAGCCCGACAGGCUUAGGUUGAUUGAGGUCUACAUGCCCCGAGGCGAUGCGCCCGAAGGUUUGGUCAGGCAGGCCAAGUUGACUGCCGACGCCAACGCCGAGCUCUAA